AUUGAAGCCACUGUUAUCUAAAAAAUAAAUGAAAGUUAAUUUAUUUAUUUCUGAAUUUUGAUUUUUGAUGGAUCCGAUUUUGAAUUCGAUCGUCGGCCAAAUGUACUUCUCAUGGAACCUAACUGAAGUGAGCGAGUGAUAUGAUCUUCCACGAGCAAGCAAGAAGGCCUACCAAACCUGUAAUUGACAGUUAUGAGAAUUGAACUUAACAACUUUCCAAUUGGCUCUUUUAGUUGUAUUCUUGUUUCUUUUUUCUUCACAAAAUAGAAGAUACCAUUCAUACGCCCUUUUAGUCCACCAAAAGUUGUUCCAUAUUCCAUUUUAGUCCAGCAAAGGUUGUUCCUUUUCUUUCAUGUGCUAACACAAAUCUCAAAAAGUUUAAAAGAAAAUAAGGAAAAAAAAGAGGCACCCGCUUAGCAUAACAGUGCAAGGAACAGCUGUUGAACUUUCCACUCUUCUUUUGCUUCUAUUCUCUUCUGGGUAAGUGACAGUCUCUUUUUCUCUUGCAGUUGUCAUCAAGAAUUUCCUUUUGUCUAUUUUCUUGCUUUGGGCUGCGAUUGAAAUUUUGCAUGACCUUGACCUGUUCAUGUGAAAGUUACCCAACUCUUCAAACCCAAUAAUACUCUGUGACUAGUGCUAAUUGAAUCAUGCAGUUCUAUCACCAUCCGUACUCCUUAGAUAGUCAAAAGGUGAGGCUUGCUUUGGAAGAAAAGGGCAUUGACUACACAUCCCACCGUAUCAAUCCUAUAACAGGCAAGAAUAUGGAUGCCUCAUUCUUCAGGAUAAAUCCACGUGCAAAGCUCCCUGUUUUCCAGAAUGGCACCCACAUUAUUUUUGAUACCAUUGAGAUAAUCCAGUAUAUCGAAAGAAUCGCCGUUGUCUCAGCAGGUGCUGACGAGUCUUCCUUUAGCAGCAGAGAAGUUGUUGAAUGGAUGCACAAGAUUCAAGAGUGGAACCCCAAGUUUUUCACACUUUCUCACAUCCCUGAGAAGUACCGCCGCACUGUUUCCAAGUUCAUAAGGCGUGUAGUAAUAGCUCGGAUGGCUGAAUCUCCUGAUCUAGCAAGUGCUUACCAUCGGAAGCUAAAAGAAGCAUAUGAAACUGAAGACAAGUUGAAAAACUCAGAAGUUCUGAAACGGAGCAAAGAGCAUCUUAUUAGAAUUCUUGAUGAAGUUGAAACCAAGCUGCACGAAACAGCAUAUUUAAGUGGGGAAGAGUUCUCAAUGGCAGAUGCCAUGCUGAUCCCAGUUCUGGCGCGCUUAGUACUCCUGAAUUUGGAAGAUGAGUAUAUAAGUAGUAGGCCGAAUAUUGCAGAGUACUGGGUUUUGGUGCAACAGAGGCCUAGUUAUAGGAAGGUGAUCGGGAAGUAUUUCAAUGGCUGGAGAAAAUACAAAACAUUAAUAAGAACAUGGUAUUUUGUUCGCCUCCGAAGUCUGUUGAGGAAAUACUGAUGAAAAGCUCAAAUUCAAGAUAGCAGGUGCUGUACAUUAGGAAGAUUUUGUACAAGUAAUUAAAUAUAAAAAGAAGUGCAAGUGAAAAUAUACACAUGGCUUUUUUCCUUAUUCCUUUUCA